GGACAGGUGUGUGCACAGGUGUGUGUUUGAGGUUGACUAGUUAACUGGUGGCCGCCCUGUCGAGCGGACAGAAGUCAGAACGGACAGCAAUUUUUACCUGAAUUAUCCUCACUUUUAUAUCGCAGAUUGUUGUAGCCUACGUGACUCAAAAAUGAAUGGUACUGAAUUUCAUCUUCCUCUGACUGAGUAUGAUUUCGAGCGUCACUUUGAUGAGAGGUUUGCUAUUGAAUGGAUGCAGGACAACUGGAAAAAGUCGUUUUUAUUCGGUGCUGUGUAUGUAGUGCUCGUGUUUGGUGGGCAGCACAUAAUGAAGGAAAGACAAAAACUUGAUCUACGUAGAGUGUUACUGCUGUGGUCCCUCAGUUUGGCUAUUUUUAGUAUCAUUGGAGCGGUGAGAACCGGUUGUUUCAUGUUGUACAUUCUCAAAACCAGUGGGUUUAAACAGUCUGUUUGCGAUCAGAGCUUCUACUAUGGACCGAUAAGCAAGUUCUGGGCUUGUGCCUUCGUGCUGAGCAAGGCCCCAGAGCUAGGAGACACCAUGUUCAUCGUUCUGCGCAAGCAGCGGCUGAUCUUCCUGCACUGGUAUCAUCACAUCACCGUGCUGGUGUACUCCUGGUAUUCCUACAAAGACCAGGUUGCCGGUGGUGGCUGGUUCAUGACCAUGAAUUACACCGUGCACGCGCUCAUGUACAGCUACUACGCGGCUCGAGCUGCUGGACUCCGUGUGCCAAAACCCUGCGCCAUCAUCAUUACUUCCUCCCAGAUUGCUCAGAUGGCCAUGGGGCUGGCAGUAAGUGCGCUAGUGUACCGAUGGAUGCAGGAUGGGGAUUGCCCUUCUUACAUAGAUAACAUAGUGUGGGCUUCACUUAUGUAUCUCAGCUAUCUGCUCCUCUUCACUUCUUUCUUUUAUCAGUCUUACCUGAAGGGUUCAAAACCCGCAGGCAUCAAAACUGAGUGAUAUGCAGCCCUGAACUUUGUUUGAAUGCGUGAUUUUAUUUCUGAUGGUUUGCCUUGUUCAAAUACAUAUUUAUUUAAUGUUUUAAGGCAAGGUGAAUAAUAAAGGUGUAUGCGUUUCUUCUAAACAACAGCCAGACUGUAAUAGCCGUGUCUCAUGCUGUUUCAGGCACAAAGUGCGUUAAAUUCAACUCUUGAUUUUGCUGUUGAGAACUUAAAUGUUUCCAGACAUUUUUGGAGGCUGAUUUGAAUCCUAAGGGUCCUCUGUGACUUUUCUCCCCCUACGUUUUCUAAUCUUCAAAAGUCCAUGUUUGUUUACUCUUUGCAGACUUGAUAACAUGGCCUGAACCCAGCUGAAACAUAUGUUGUUUGUUGUAGCGUGUGCCAAGAUCCUUGUGCUCGUAGUCAAAGAACAAGUGUGCAAUUUGUCAAAAGAUUCCUAAUUUAAAUGUACAUCUUCAUGUUUUAAUUUGCCAACACUUUGUAAAUUUCUUCCAUCCUGUACAUGCUCUCCUGGGUGUGUGGGUAUUGCUGCAUACUAGUUCAGUGUUUCCACCUCAUGAUGUCACAGAAACUUGAAUUAUCUGUGCUGACAGGUUGGACGGGUUCCCAGCAUUUUAAAUUGGGCAUAUUUGGCUGGAAUUCUCUGGAAGGACGACACCCAUGUUCUCGCUCUCAUUCUGUGCAUAUUUCUGUCAUGAGUUCACUGCAGCUCUCAUUCAUUGAAGUUAACAGUGUGUAAAACCAGCUGAGGCACGAUUGAUGUUAGAUUCACCUUUGAUUAACCCAUGGGUAGAGUCAGAAUGAAGUGGUUCCUUCCUGGUUUUUUUGACUGUACUGAGUACUGGAUUGGUGGUUGAUAGAAGCAUUAACCAUCCCUAUAAUGGUGUUUGUUACUUGAGUCAUUAAUUUAAUGCACAGUUGUAUUUAUAUAUUUAUCUUGUAUAUAACAGUCACAGUUGGGACAUAAUUAAUGUUAUGGUUGUUUUGGGUAUUUAUUUUUCCACUGAAACUACAAUGAUAAGGUUUUCAUCUAAAUUAUCUUUUUAAAAAUAUUGUAUUAUGUGAUAGAGAGCACUCCUUUGAGAAUUUUUCAGUGGAAAUUUAUGCGCUCCAACAUAGUAUCAUCCGAAAUGUUGCUGCUACCGUCCAGGAUUUUGUUGUUGUCAGGUUUCUCCUCUCUGCUGGUCUGGUCUGCUUCUGUUCAAGACUGUGAACGGCUUUGUCUACCUUUGUAUAUUUCCGUUGAAGUGACAUUUUGAUUGUUAAAAGAGAUUUUAUGACUUAAAAUAUGUCUUGUCUUAAAACAUGUUGGAGACGGCAGCCAUGUAGCCUACAUUACAAGACAUAGUUUACAAAUGGAGAGAAAUGUGAUGUAAAUGUACACUAAUAAAGAUGCAGAAUGUAAAUAUUUAUCUUUCCUACCUGAUCAUCUGUACACAUUUUAGCUGAUAUGAAGUAAUAGUUUUUUUAAUGUA